GUUUUAAACGUAGCCAUUUUGUAAUGUCUAAGGUUUGGACGCCCUAGAACGCCAUUGUUCCAAAAAUUUGCCUGUCGACGUUUUAUUUCAGUCAAGUGCAUCUGUGUGUUAUCCAUCAUCGCAUAGUUUUUUCUAAAGAACCUGCAGUCGCAUUAUCUUGAUCAAUACGUCAGAAUAGGCGGAAUUUAUCGUAUCUAUUAUUCAAUAGAUCAAAAGAUUGAUCAUAACCGUGUUUUUGUCGCAAGAAGAAAAAGAGCUACUUCAGUUCGGCAAGACUAUUGAUGCUGUAUCUACUACAGCCUCUUUUCUUUCUCUGUCUUGCUCAUCGAUAAGUUGCAACCAUGAGUUAUGGUUACAAUAAGUACAGUUCUACUAUGAGUUCUCGAGGCCGUGGAUUCAGUUCUCGCGGUGGAGGUUCUUAUAGAGGCCGAGGCGGCGGUGGCGGAAAUGAUUGGAGUAGUAGUUCAGUUGGAGGAAAUAUAUCUAGAGGAGGUUAUUCAUCUUCUAGAGGUGGCAGAUUCAAAUAUUCAACAACAAGCUAUGAUUCUAGAUCGAAGUAUAAUUCAGGAGGAUCAGAAAGAUAUUCCAGCAGAGGUGGUCGUGGUGAGCAUUCCAACAGUUACAAAAGACCUCGCUACUUUUCGCAGGAUUCCUAUUCAGCAAGAGACGACCAUCGAUCCUCUAGCGAGUCCACACGUAAAAGAAUAAGAAGUGAUUCUUAUCAGGGUGGAGGUAGCGGUAGCGGCUCACAGAGGUAUUCGUCGUACGGUGGUUCAUCUGCAUCGGCGCCCUAUGACGAUAAUAAGGGAUCGUCAUCGUCCGCUGUAUAUGAGGACAAGAGACAGAGCGAACGCGCGUCGUCAUACCACCGUUCUGAGGAUCGUCAUUCCGCCUCACGGAACUAUGCACCUCCGCCGCCCCCUCGGAUUAGCGAAAUGGCACCACCGCCGACUCAGAGAUACACCUCGAGUCGCGGAAGAAUAUCGCAUCAGAGCUCAAAUUACAGAGGUCGUAUUUCGACCCGCGGCAGCAGCGGCAGAGGGGGUGCGUUUCACCGUGUGAGCUCUCGAUCGGACGUCAUCGUGGCUCGCAAGCGUGCCCUGCACUCGCUCGACUAUCGUCGAAAGCUACUGGGUUCACGCUCGCGAGACUACAUCCAGCGUAUGCGCUUGACCACUACCAAAUUGCGCAGGAGCGGUACUACUAGGCUACCCGGAAGUAAAAAGGACUCGGGAUCAGGAACCAGUGUGAAAGACAAGGAUAGAGAGAUGGCCAAAGUCAUAAACGCCGAGUUCUCCGACGACGACGAUGAGGAGGAUGAUAAUAAGAGCAAUUGGGACGACGAGGAAAAGCCGCACGAAGGCGACGAGGAGGAGGAACUGGAGGAGGAAGAGAAAAAGAAGGAGGAUAAACGCAAGAAGGAGAAACAGGACAGGGAACGGCAGCACACCGAGGAUGAAGAGGAAAAGGAUGAGGAUAUUAAAGAGGACGAUGAUCAGAAGCAGGAAGAGGAUGAGGACGACGAAGGCGACGACGAGGAGCGAGACGAGAACGAAAAAGCGGAGCGCGAGAGAACCGCGGGUUCCGAAGAACUGCCGAGCCGACGGGACGGCAGAAAGUUCAUCAAAUUGAAAUGUCCGCAUUGCGCCCAUCACAGCGUGACGUUUAAGGAAUAUUCGCUCCAUCUGUUCUCCGGCCGUCAUAGCGCGGCCAUGAAACGCAUCGCGGCUCGACAUAAGGCGACUCUCACGCGCAUGAGAGUUGUUCAACGGCAAGAGCAGAGACGUAUCGAGGCGCGCGAUGCAGCACGCGGCACUCUACCCUCGCGCACCAUGUUCUGUGCCAUUUGCAAAUUGAAUUACCGUUCCUUGAAAUCCGCUCAUCAAUUGUCAGAAUCUCACCGUCAAAUGAAACGAUUCCUCACACCGUUCUGCCGUGUUUGUCGCAUCCAAUUCCGAUCACCGAUGUUUUUCGAGACGCAUAUGUGUUCUCUGGAGCACAUCAAGAGGAAGAGUAUAUUGAGGGAAAGAAUGAACGCGAAUGGUAGCGGCGAAGCUGAAGCUGAUUCUAGCGCAGCUGAAGAAGAUGACAAGGAAGUUAAUCUUGAUAAUUUCAUGACCUUAGACUCCGUGGGUGACGUGGAUGAAGACGAAGAGUCUAAUGAUAAAAAGAAGGAAAAGGCUGAAGGUGAGAGCUCGAACGAGGAGAAGAAAUCAAAGAGCAAACAGAUGAUAAAAGUCGGCGCGGAGUACAUAAAGCGUGUCGAGGCACAAUAUUGCGAGUUGUGCAAAAUAUACUUAACUCGCAACGAAAGUACGGAAAAGGCAAUUGCUGCGCAUUGUUCCACCCGCAGCCAUCUUAAACGGUAUGUACGAGACAACGAUGACAAGGCGCUCAGGCGUCAAGCGGAAAGAAUACAUUUGCAAUCGUCGUCCUCUUCAACGAGUGUGAAUCCUACUAGCGCAACCGCGAGCAAUACAUUGGAGGUAGCAAAGACUUCUCCUGUCAACUCUGAGCCACAAGUAUCAGCGAAUAUCACAUCUGUCGUUACGCUUGAUAAUAACGGUGUUUGCGACGUGGAAUAUAUUAAGAUUGAAGAAGAAAAAUCGAGCAACGUGGAAUCCGAAAAGAACUUGAAAGAUGGUAAAAGCAAUCAGGGUGACGAAGAUGAUGAUGACGAUUAUCGCGCACAUGGUGGCGAUAAACGAACUUGGGACGAUGUCGAUAAGGAUCUAGGCGAUAUAUUGCGGGAAAGUGAAGCGGGGGCAUCAAAAUCGAGCGAUGACGAAGAUUCGCGAUACGAUCGUUUCCGCAAUUCGGACAAGAAGCAGCCUGGAAAAGAGAAAGAAAAUGAAAAAAAUGAAAUUCUCGACGAUAAGAGCGGUAAUAAGAUUAAAGAUGCAAAAAUCAAGAUUGAAAAGAUAGAUAUAUAAUAUUAUUGAGAUUUGUUUUUUGCUUUGAAUCAUUGAUUUGUUUGAAUUCAUUUCAAUUACUUUCUGAUCGUAAAUGUGUCUUAUUUCAGUGAUCAAUUUUUUUUGCAAAAUAUCACGCAGACGUAGACAAACACACGUGCAUACAUAAUUUUUUUAAAAAUUCAUAAAUGCACAGAAUAUAGAGAUCAGAACAAUACCAAUAUGAAAAAAACAAUAUAUUUUGUGGGAUUAUAAAUUAUUGUUUGAUUAUAUAAGAAUGGAGAGUCUCGUAUGCUUUAUUCUACACAGAAGGUUUUAAUAUUUUUAUAUCAAUUACAAAUUUUCAAAUUCAUUAUGAAUUUGAAAAUUUAUAAUUGAUAGAAU